AGCACUGCGUAUGUUUUGUGGUUGCAAGACCGGCGUAUUCACAAGUGUGCAUUUGUUUCCAAACAACAAAUAAUAAUUAAUUGUUUUAAAACCUUUUUGCUUUAGUAGGUGUAUUUCUUCGGUAAGACAUUUAUACAUGGCAGAUAUACUGCGGAAAUCUCCAUCCAAGGUUGGUUUACCAAUCGAAAAUGGCACAGAACCAUCAGCUCCCAUUACGAAGAAGGGCAUUCUUACAUCUUUCAAAACUGGAAAAGCGAUGAAUAUUCCUGAUUCUGAUGUUCUGGGUCGUUGCAGAUUUGUAUCAGAAUUUGAGAAACUAAAUCGAAUCGGCGAAGGAACGUACGGAAUUGUGUAUAGGGCAAAAGACACAGCAUCAGAUAAAAUAGUAGCCCUAAAGAAAGUUAGAAUGGAUUUAGAACGUGAUGGUAUUCCUGUUAGCAGUUUAAGAGAAAUUCAAGUACUUUUAAGUUGCCGUCAUGAAAAUAUAGUACAUUUGAAAGAAGUUGUUGUGGGGCGCAGUCUUGAAAGCAUAUUCUUGGUGAUGGAGUAUUGUGAACAAGAUUUAGCUUCUUUACUGGAUAAUAUGCAGACCCCAUUUACCGAAUCCCAAGUUAAAUGUAUCAUGAUCCAGGUUUUACGUGGACUUCGUUAUCUCCAUUAUAAUUUCAUUGUGCAUCGCGAUUUAAAGGUGUCUAACUUACUUAUGACCGAUAAAGGUUGCGUAAAAAUAGCCGAUUUUGGUUUAGCACGUUGGUUUGGAGUUCCGCUAAAAGCAAUGACUCCGCAUGUUGUAACAUUGUGGUACAGAGCUCCCGAACUCCUAUUACAGGCGCCAACACAGACAACCAGUGUUGAUAUGUGGGCAGCUGGCUGUAUAUUAGGCGAACUUUUAGGUCACAAGCCCUUACUACCUGGUCGGUCUGAAAUACAACAAUUGGAAUUAAUUGUUGAUUUGUUGGGUACACCAUCUGAUGCAAUUUGGCCCGGAUUCAGCAAAUUACCAGCUUUGCAAAACUAUACUUUGAAACAGCAGCCCUACAAUAAUCUAAAGCAACGUUUUCCUUGGUUAUCUGCUGCAGGUUUAAGGUUAUUGAAUUUCUUGUUUAUGUACGACCCACGAAAAAGAGCAACUGCGGAGGAAUGUUUACAAAGCAGUUACUUUAAAGAAGCCCCAACACCGUGUGAUCCUAAGUUAAUGCCCACAUUCCCUCAACAUAGAAAUAUUAAAGGGAAUAAAGUCAAUGCUCCAAUGGAAAGUAAUGCGAAUACAGGUGCAGGCGAUCAGACCAAUAAUUUACCGGCCAUUUCAGAUUUGUUGGGAUCUCUGGUGAAGAAGCGAAGAGUAGAAUAAAAUGACGUUAUAUUAUUUUACUAUUAACUGUACAUGAUAAAUGUCUAGUUUCAUAUUUGAGGUAAUUGUAAUAUUAUUAGUACAUUUUGAUAAAAUUGUAAUCAUGUUGUAUGUAGCACUGAUUAUAUUAAUAAUAUGUAAGUGCUGAAAA